AUGAGCUGUGCGUGUUGUUGUCUGUUGCUGCCGGGGACAAGUAGAGCUGCCAAGGUCGGUGAAAGUACGGCUCAUAUCAAGAUUUCAGUCCAUUACUCUUGAAAAAGUCCUACCUCCAGACACUUACAGAGACAAAGAGAAAGCGGAUGAUAUAGACAGCAACCCAAGGUCCUCCACCAGAGAAGAAACCAAAUGGGGAAUCUGUUAAAAGUACUCACUUGCACAGAGCUUGAACAGGGGCCAAACUUUUUCCUUGACUUUGAAAAUGCACAGCCGACAGAAGGAGAGCGAGAGGUGUGGAACCAGGUGAACUCAGUCCUCCAGGACUCAGAGAGCAUCCUGUCAGGGCUGCAGGCAUACAAAGGAGCUGGUCAGGAGAUCAGAGAUGCUAUUCAAAACCCAAACGACUUCAUGCUGCAGGAGCGAGCCUGGAACUCUGUCUGUCCACUCGUCAUCAAACUCAAGAAGUUUUACAGUUUUUCUCUCAGAUUAGAGGAAGCUCUGCAGAGUUUGUUGGAGUGCCUGACCUGUCCGCCCUUCACGCCCACUCAGCACCUGGAGAGGGAGCAGGCGCUGGCUAAACAGUUUGCUGAGAUCCUCCACUUCACUCUGCGCUUUGAUGAGCUUAAGAUGAGAAUUCCUGCCAUCCAGAAUGACUUCAGCUACUACAGAAGAACCAUCAGUCGAAACCGGAUAAACAACAUGAAUUUGGAUAUUGAGAAUGAAGUCAACAAUGAGAUGGCCAACAGGAUGUCAUUAUUCUAUGCCGAGGCCACGCCCAUGCUGAAAACUCUCAGCAACGCAACCACAAACUUUGUGACAGAGAACAAGACUCUUCCACUGGAGAACACAACAGACUGUCUCAGCACCAUGGCCAGCGUGUGUAAAGUCAUGUUGGAGACACCGGAAUAUUCGAGUCGUUUCAGCAGUGAGGACACACUCCUAUUUUGUAUGAGGGUCAUGGUGGGUGUCAUCAUUCUUUACGACCACGUCCACCCAAACGGCGCCUUCAACAAGUCCUCAAAAAUAGACAUGAAAGGCUGCAUAAAAGUCCUGAAGGAUCAGCCGGCAGACAACGUAGAAGGCCUCCUGAAUGCUCUCAAAUUCACGACAAAACACCUGAACGACGAGUCCACUCCGAAGAACAUCCGGACGAUGCUCCAGUAAUGUUUCUUUUUAUAUAAAUAGAUAUGAAGAGGAUCAAUGCUCUGACCUCAAAUAAGAUGUAAAUGUUUACAAUAUUUAAAAAGACUCGAUGUUAAUACUUGUGUGUAUUUGCAUAGUCAUUCCCUCCAAGAUUAAAAUCUGCAGAACGUGCACCCUCUACUUAGCAAAAAAAAAAACAAAAAAAACAAAAAACGUAAAUUUGAUAGAAUCACAUGAAAUGCCUCGACUGUUAACAGCUGUUAAAGCACAAAUAACAGACACCUAUCAGCCUUAUAUAACGGAGCUUUGAGAGCAGCACUUGGAAAUAAAAGAACAAGGCAGCAUUAAAAUUGCCUUAAUCAAUCCUUUCAAUCUUUUAUUUGACAAUGGAGCAAGGUUAUUGAACAGGUGUUAAUCAAAUCAGCUUAAAUGAAUGAAUCUGUUUUUGGAAGGUGAGGUUUUAAAAUCUGACAUGAUCUUGUUUGUAUCACAUUUAUCGAGAAAAUUUAACAUGCAUUCAGACAAGUGAAGUUCUUCCUGUGUUUUCACUUCUUAUGUAAGUUGCACAGGUGAGCUCAAUCAUUAAAAUGCACAUUUUGUUGCAGUGAAGGGCUAAAUAUUGAGAGCAGAUAAGGGAUGGGUUGGUUUGUAUGUUUUGCUCUAAGCAUUAGAGUGUUUUCUCUUUUAUAGUUAGCCUUUGUAUUUUGUCUUCUUUUUUUCAAACUCUAACCAUGUGCAACUAUCAAAAAAUCCACUGUGAACAUCGUAAAUGCACAUCAGGCAAGAUUCACUAUAUUGAAGUCUGAAUAAAGGGAUAUUUUGGUACUUUUGAAGUUGAGUUCUGUGAGGUACUUGGGGUUAGUCUCCAGAGAUUUAAGUAAGCUUUGCAAAAAAAUUUUGAAGCCUCUGGCACUAUUUUGCAAUGCGAGCUUUGGCUAUGUCCCCUUCUGCCUCAGGGUAUCAGAACAGCUUUUUGCAUCUGUUGGCUCAGAAAAAAAAAAAAUUAAGCUUAAACUAGUAAUUUCAGCUCGAUUUUCCAUUUUAACAGAUGACACGUAGUUUUCAGAAGGUAAAUAUAUUUUGUCCUCUCAUUAUCACUCAGAGAAAUAAAGCAACAGCCAUAAACUUAUUUGGAUGACAAAUUUUCAUUCAGCUUUCUUUAUCGGGUUUGGUUUUCUCCAUCUUAUCUUCAGAAAGUUAAAGAAGUCGGGGAACUCUGGAUAGGUAUUGAUGCAGGCUGUUGCAGGCAUCUGUGUGCUGCUAUCAUUGAUCAGAAAUGUCCUUUAGAAGGGUUGAUGAGUCCCACUCCAUCUGUAGAAGUUCUUAUGCUUACUCCUGCUCAUAAAAGUAUCCCCGUAUAUCCACAGUAAACGAUGCAUCAUCUUCACUUGAGUCAAAAUUGCUAAUUUUAGUAUUUUUUAAGCUUAGUUUGUUGUUGUUUCCUCAGAUGAAGCCUGAAGAUGCAAAAGGCUGAUAGUACCAAACUCAGAGGCUUUCUGGGUGAAAAAUAAAAUGCUUAAAACAUUUUUGAUAUAGUGUGCAGUUGAGCCAACAUCGUUUUUGGCUCAUUUUUAGCCAAAACUCACUAAAUUACACAGACGAUUGUACCUGUCUGUGGUGUUUCAUAGUCUGCUUCUAUUUGAAGGGGCAACGCUCUCUGAAAUCUCUGAAGGCUGAUGACAUGACUGUUACCAAGUACCUCAUACAACCCAACAUCCAAAAUGCUGAAAUAUCCAUUUAACUUAAAGGUUUUGCUCAGUACUUUCACAUGCACAUAGAAAAAGUUAAAUAAUAAUCUGAGUAAAACAGGGCUGCAGGGCUCUGGAGUCAUACUAAAUUAAAUUCAAAGGCCGACUGACACAUCUUGCCUUUGCACCAGGUUUUUGCCUGCAUAAAGUCAAGCAGCAUAAAUGCACGGUGGAAGUGGUGCUGGAGUCUAUCGACAACACCAUUAUAUUGAUAACAUGCAUUAUAUCUGUUCUAUAAGUGAAGUGCAGGGCAUGUACAAAAUGUACAGACCUGUAAAACUGUUCGUUCUUUUGCUUUUUUACUUGCAGCUGGUAAGCUACUGAAACAAAGUCCUAUGGUAACUAGCUGAAAGGACCUAGCAGAGCAGAUUGUCAUGGUAGUGUCCUAACAGCAUGCACAGACAUUGCGUCACAUUGUAUGCUUACUGUCAACACCGCAUCAGUCAAAAAUGGAAUUCUCUACAUGAUGAAUUUUAAGCCCCCUUUGUAAACAGUAUAACAUCUCCUGCUUUUAAUUUGAAUGCAGACAAACAGCAGUGUGGCGAGCCUUUGAAGGUGUUGAGACAAAUACUUGAACAGUUUUCCUCAGUCAGAGUGUAGUGUUUCAGUCACAGAUAUGGAUAUUAUGAAGAGUGUGUUGAGUGAGCAAAGUGAAAGAAAAUCAAGAAAAAUAUUUCUGUCAGACACUCCUGAUGCCUCGUCAUCAACAUUUUUCUUGGUUCCUCGUCCAUCUCAAUACAAGUGUCAGAGAGGAAAAUGACAAGAGCUAAACGGCACACCAUAUCACACUGCAUCACCUGCAAGUUAUGUUGCAGUGUGGAUCAGUGUAACAGAGCUUAUUCCUCGCUCUAGUAUGUGCUUAGAAUAUAGAGUCAGGAAUACUUCCAUCAAUAAAUCCUCUGAUGCUUGUUUACUAGGAAAAAGAACAGUAUUCCAGUUAACUGUAUAAACUUAACUGUGCAUGUAAACGUACUGACUAACUGAAAAGGCAGUGAUGGUGGAACAUGAAGUCCAAUCAACCCAUGAAAUGUUGAAUGAAUUGUUUUGUGGCAGUGUUCUCAAUGAUAGUUCAUGUUUGCCAUGUUUUUAAGUGGCUUUUUGUGGCUUUUGUAUUAAACAGAAAACCUUUACUUCUCAACAAAUUGUUUGUUUUUUCACUGAACCAUUCUAAAGAAUAUUGUCCUUCCUUAAUUAACAUCUACUUUCUUUAAAAUAAGGAGAAUUGGUUUAACUUUUUAUUACCAAAAAGGCUGGAAAGGAAAAGUUCAUUUCUUUAAGUGGUAAGAUAAUUAUUACAAAGUUGUUUCGUUUUUUUUAUGUUAAGCCAGUUUGAAAACAAAUGACUCUGUAUUUUGUGUUUGAACAAGCUUAAACUUAGUAUAUCAAACUAUUCCCAGGAUCAUUUCCUGUCAUCACAACAGGCUGCUUAAACUUACAGUUCAGAUUUGCCUUAAAUUGGACUGUUGAAGUAUCUUUAAAUGAUUUUGUUAAUGAUCCCAACAUGUAAGGAUCUAGAUUGUGUUCUUAUGAUAUCCUCACUCAUCCUUCUAACAUAACACACGUGCGACAGCAGCUUCUUCAUACUUUAACAAGCUCAGAAGGUCAGACAAUCUCUGCUGCACGCUGCUUUAAGUUAGUAUUUUAUAAACUUUUCUUAAUAUUUCUUCUUCCCAGACAAAAAAAUGAUCAGAUUUCUUUUAUUUCAAUAUCUACAUUUAUAAUUAUAAACUCACUGACCAUUUUAUUAGGCAUACUUAUGCAAAUAUCUAAUGAACAACAAUGCAGCAACCAAUGCAUUCAGGCAUGUAAAUGCCAUAUCUACAUGCCUAGACGCUUUGGCUGCUGCCAUCUUAUUGGCUGAUAAAAUACUUGCAUUAGCAAGCAGAUUAGCAGAUGUACCUAAUGAAGUGAUCUGUGAGUGUACUUUGCCCACCCUGUGAAAUCAGAACAUGGAAAUGUCAGUGGCUUGUUGCCUUAAAGACCUGUGAAACCUUUAAAGACAAUAUUUCUAUUUUUCAUUCACAGCACAGAUACUUUAAUUUUAUUUGAAACAUAAACCACACAGUAUGUACACAGAUCCAUUCACAUUAACAUUUAGUAGGUUAACAUUACAAUAACAAGUCGGGUAUCUACUAUUCUUUACGUCUUUUUAUGUUCUUAUUGUAUUUAGUAAUAUAUAUCUGUGUGUGAGCCAUAAUUUGAAUGCAACGUUUUGUUUUGUUUUUUAAUGCAAUGAGUGAAAACUGUUCAUGGACGAGACGUCGAGCGAGGUGUAUGCGUGAUACUGAUAAUUCAUAUCUGACUGAAGUGGCUUUAAAGAUGAAAAUGAGUCUUCUGUCAAGUUUGAUGUACACAAAGCUUCUCUCUUAGCCAUAGAUAUGCUACUGUGUGUUGUAUGCCAGAUGUUUUGAAUUCUGAGACAAAAAAGUUUUUUCUUUUGUCUUAAACUGACAGUUCUGUUUAAUAUUUUGGAGUCCAGACUCACUGUUUGUAUUAAUUGCUUUGGCUUUGUAUUGAAAUUUGAAUGGGACGUGUGGAUUGGAUAAUAAAGGUGGUACAUUUCUUA